AUGAUGACGAUCUGUUCCUACAAUGCACCUACACUUUUAUCCGAGCCUUCGAUAGAAGACUUGCUCAUGCAAGCAAAAGGGAUAAAGUAUGACGUCAUCGGUCUGGUCGAGACGAGAAGACGUCGGCCUUUCAACGCCGGCUAUGGCACCGGGGAAGAACUGUCCCUCGGAAAAUGCGACAGUAGAGGAGUCGGUGGCGAUGGCGUCCUCGUCAACAAGAGUUUGUCCAUGAACACCGAUUCAUUCGAACAACUUGCAACCCGAAUCAGACGCUUACGAUUAAAAAGAUGUGAAUCAGCACCGGCUUAG